AGCACCCGGCGGACCCACGCCGGCCCGCCACCGCCAGGGGAAAGUGGGUCACGGCGGGGCCCAGCGCCCCGGGCACCGGCGGGGCGGGACCGGACCUGCGUGCACCGGCCCGAGCCGGGCGCCUCCCGCGUUCCGGGGUGGGGGGGGGGGGCCUCGCCCGCGCGGCUGGCCUCCUGCCCGGCGCCCCGGCCCGCCCUCUCCCUGCGGCCGCGACGCGUCCUUCCAUCGCCGCCCGCCCUUCCUCACCGGGCAUCCGCGCCGGAUCCCGGGGGAGGCGGCCCGGGCCGGGCCGGGCGGCGGGAGCGGAGCCUGACGCCGUCUCUCCGGUGCCCGCAGCGGCCGGGGCCAUGGGCACGCCGGCCUCGGUGGUGAGCGACCCUCCGGGGCGGGCGGUGCCCGCAGCCCGCGGCCGCAAGCGAGCCUCGGCCAACAUCUUCCAGGGCGUGGGGCUGCCGGAGCUGCGGAGCCUGUUCCGGAGCGGCGGGGCCGAGCGGCCCGAGGAGCGCGCCCGCCUCGUCUGGCGGUACGCGGGCCAGCGACGCAUGGCGCGGGCCCUGCGGCGGCUCCGACGGCGGCGGCCGGCCCGGAAUGGCAGCGGGAUGGCAGCACUGCGGCGGUUCGGCCGCCUGCGGAUCGCGGAGAAGGAGCCGGAGGGCGGCCGCGGGGCCGAAGCGCGCCUGGGGUCCACACAGCAGUGCUGACCGGCCGGGCCGUGGAGGAGCGGGGCUGCUGGACAGCAGGUGCCGGGACAGCCGGGCUCUCCGAGGACCCGAAGCCUACGGGACAGGGUGCAACGGUUAAUAAAAGGUGGACAGUG